AUGGGGAGAAAGGAGGAAGAGGACUGCAGUUCCUGGAAGAAGCAAACCACCAACAUCCGCAAAACCUUCAUCUUCAUGGAAGUGCUGGGGUCGGGAGCUUUUUCUGAAGUUUUCCUGGUGAAGCAAAGGGUGACUGGGAAGCUCUUCGCCCUAAAGUGCAUCAAGAAGUCCCCCGCCUUCCGGGACAGCAGCCUGGAGAACGAAAUCGCCGUGUUGAAAAAAAUCAAGCAUGAGAACAUCGUGACCCUGGAGGACAUCUAUGAGAGCACCACUCACUACUACCUGGUCAUGCAGCUAGUUUCCGGUGGGGAGCUCUUUGACCGGAUCCUGGAGCGGGGUGUCUACACAGAGAAGGAUGCCAGCCUGGUGAUCCAGCAGGUGCUGUCCGCUGUGAAAUACCUCCACGAGAAUGGCAUCGUCCACAGAGACUUAAAGCCAGAAAACUUGCUGUAUCUCACCCCAGAAGAGAACUCUAAGAUAAUGAUCACAGACUUUGGUCUGUCCAAGAUGGAGCAGAAUGGUGUCAUGUCCACUGCCUGUGGGACCCCAGGCUAUGUGGCCCCGGAAGUGCUGGCCCAGAAGCCCUACAGCAAGGCCGUGGAUUGCUGGUCCAUUGGCGUCAUCACCUACAUACUGCUGUGCGGGUACCCCCCGUUCUACGAAGAAACCGAGUCGAAGCUGUUUGAGAAGAUCAAGGAGGGCUCCUACGAGUUCGAGUCGCCGUUCUGGGAUGACAUUUCUGAGUCAGCCAAGGAUUUUAUUUGCCACCUGCUGGAGAAGGACCCGAAUGAGCGGUACACCUGUGAGAAGGCCCUGAGGCACCCCUGGAUUGACGGGAACACUGCCCUCCACCGAGACAUCUACCCAUCCGUCAGCCUCCAGAUCCAAAAGAAUUUUGCCAAGAGCAAGUGGAGGCAAGCUUUCAACGCAGCCGCCGUGGUGCACCACAUGAGGAAGCUGCACAUGAACCUGCACAGUCCAGGCGGCCGCCCGGAGGUGGAGAACCGGCCGCCCCUCACUCAACCCUCAGAAGCCUCCAGACCCAGCUCCCCUGAGAUCACCAUCACCGAGGCGCCUGCCCUGGACCAGAGCGCGCCCCUGCCCACACUGCCCCGGCUGCCCUGCCAGCACAGCCCCCGGCCCGCCCCGCCAGGCGCCAGGUCCCUCAACUGCCUGGUCAACGGCUCCCUCCGUAUCAGCAGCAGCCUGGUACCCAUGCACCAGGGCCCCCUGGCCGCCGGGCCCUGCGGCUGCUGCUCCAGCUGCCUGAGCAUCGGAAGCAAAGGGAAGUCCUCCUACUGCUCCGAGCCCACGCUCCUCAAAAAGGCCAACAAAAAACAGAACUGCAAGUCAGAGGCCAUGGUGCCAGUGAAAGCCGGCGGCAGCUCUCACUGCCGGGCAGGGCAGACUGGGGUCUGUCUCAUUAUGUGA